CGGAGAGUGUCGUAUUGAUAUUUCCCCGUUCCCACAUUUCCGCCUGCACCCCCGUUACCAUCUCGUUAUCCCGUUCGUCCCACAGGACUGCACACCGGGGGUGGAAAGGGGGUUGGUCGGCUGAGUUGGCAAUAGUGGCACAGCCAGCACAGGAUAUCGACCAGUGUCGGCAGGCGUACGGAUAUAAACAGAGGGUCGCUCCUUGCAUCUGAAAGAAGAAAAUCGAGGGAUGACGAGUCCAGGGGGGCAGGUCCUUGAGCUGAACGUGGGAGGCGUCCUUUACACGACAUCCUCCUCGAGCUUGGGCCCUUUGCAGGCCCGGCUUGAAGAUCCUUCCCUCCCGAGGGACGCCAAGGGGCGACUCUUUCUCGACCGGGACGGGGUACUCUUCAGGUAUAUCCUGGACUACCUCCGUAGCGGAAGCAUCGUGCUUCCAGACUGCUUCAGAGAGAAAGAACGGCUGCGACGUGAGGCACUCCACUAUGGUCUCCAGUCCAUGGCGGAUUCGCUUUCUUCCCUUGCCAAGACUUCGGGCUACAUCACAAUCGGCUACAGGGGCAGCUUCCAGUUCGGCAGAGACGGCUUGACGGACGUCAAGUUCAGGAAAAUCAGCAGGAUUCUAGUUUGCGGCCGGGUUGCCCUUUGCAGAACCGUAUUCGGCGAGUCGCUCAACGAGAGUAGGGACCCCGACCACGGCUGCUCGGACAGGUACACGGCUAGGUUCUUCCUGAAGCACAGCUCCAUCGAACAGGCCUUCGACCAACUGCAGGAAAACGGAUUCAGGAUGACCGGCAGCUGCGGAUCCGGCACCGCAGGUAUCGCCGCUGCGGACCUCAAGCCUGGCGUCGAUCAAGAAGAAAAUAGAUGGAAUCAUUACAACGAGUUUGUAUUCGUACGUGACUAAACCAUAUCAUUAAAACCUUUCAAUUUUUUGUUUAACUUUACUCAGCUACAUAUCACCAUAAAUUUAUAUUUUUGCCGUAGAUUUUUCUUUACUAAUAAAGUUUAAAUUAUAAAAAUUGUGGUAAAUCUUAGACCUAACCCAAUGCUAAAAUGAGAUUAUAAAUGUGCAAUUAAAAAUUUUUGCUGCCCUGAGAUUGAGUAGUUAUGUUUCAAAUAAAAAAGUCCAGUUAAAAUCUUAAAAAUUAAAUUAAAAUACUGCAUUUUUGAGAGUUUAGAAAAAUUUAGAGGUACAUUUCAAAUUCUCUACCAAUUAAAUUUUUAUUGGUUGUUUUUUUAAUUUUUACAAUUGCAGGACAAGAAAUACAAUUUUAUUAAUUAUCUAGUUUGACAUGCUAUAUUGUUCAGCAAUUUUUAUAACUUAAGAGUUUUUCACCUCUGGUUUCUAGCUCAAAUAAACCAGCAACAAUAAAAUUCUCCAUAAGAUUUUGCAUUGUAUGGAUUCCAAGAUCAUAUUUUAAAAAAUUAGACAUUCGAGCUAAUGUAAUCAAAUUUUCACAGUUUAAUUAUUUUACUACUGUCCCUGCUGUUUAAAUUAAUCGUUUCAAAUAUAUUUCCCAUGGGAAUCUAUCAAAAUGUCAGUUUCCUCCAUUAUCGUGCAAAAAAAUGUUUCCCAGUGUUGGUUAAUUUUUUACACUUUUCCCUCUUUUUAUCUUGCCUCGGCGAAGCCAAUCAGAUGCAAAUUUACAUAAUUUAAUCCCUCUUCAGAUGCUGAGAGAACCCUUGUCCCCUGCUAGCUGCUUAAAUUAUUCGUAUCAUCGCUUUUUUCCCUCUAGCCUCUUCUUUCCUUCGGUAAUUUAUCAACAUGCCUGUUUCUCUAUUGACAAAAAAUUUAUUAAAUGUCAAAGAAGAAAGGGGUUAAAUUUUUGAAUAUUUUUCUUUAUUUCUUUAAAUAAUUUCAGGCGAAAAUCAGGUUCUGAACAAAAAUUAAAAGACAACAAAAUUAAGGUUGUUGUAUGUCCAAACUCUAUCAAUCUUAAAUAUAAUGAAUUGUUAUUUUCCACUUUAUCUGAUAUAGAUAAAAAAGAAGAAAUAUUCUUUAUAGCCAGAUAUAAAUUCUGCAAAUAUUGGUGAACGAAUAUUCAGGGCAAUAUUCUCAUUCAAAUAUUUAAGAAUUGCACAUAUUACUUGCAUUGUGAAAUUAAUUCAAAUGGAAAUUUAAGUAAGUAGAUAAAAAAUUCUAAUUUAUAAAGUUUUUUUGUUUGUUAAAUAAUAUAUGUUAUCUGCUAUUGUAAACUAAGAUUUAUCACAAGGAGGUCUUUUUACAAUAAUUAGACUGUUGCAUUUAAAACUGUUACAUCAAAGAUUCUUAUUUUGAAAUGUUUGAAGUAAAUUCGCCACAUAUUAAGUUUGCAUAGUAUAAAUUUUUAAAAUUAUGCUCUGAUUUUAGUGUUUUAACUUUGGCACAUGUGUUAGAUUCUUCAAAAGGAGAAGUAAAGAAAAAAUGUUUGUGAUAUGAAAGAUAUACAAGGAAAAUGUGUUAGUUUUUAUUAUUUUUGUAAGUGUUUCCGCUGUCAGUGAUUAUGUUUAAUUAUCCUUUUUAAAAUUUUUUAAAUAAUAUGAUUUGGUGAGUUACUACUAUUAUUGACACAAAGUGCAGUGAAGUUACGAUGCGUGCCAAACUGUUAAUUUUUUUUAUAUAGUCACUUAUGAUCCUGGAUAAUCGAAAUGCGCCAUCGAAUUUUUCAGCCACGAGGGCAAUUUUUUUAUUUAAAAAAAUUGUCUUUGGGUGAUAUGUAGCGAACUCACUUCCUGUCCUUAAUAGAAACUUCCUCUGUUUCUAAAAAUUUCUCUUCCUAUAGGGUUGCCAAAGAAAAUUUGUAUCGUAAUGUGUAUUCUCUAGAGACUUUUUUAAAAGAACGGAUCUUCCUCCUUAUUUUUGUAAAGUACAAUUUCCAAAUGGAUUAUUUUUAUCGGCUUUUUGAAAAGAAACAAAACUUUUUAAGCAUCUACUUGACCAAAUGUUUUAUUGCAAGAUGUGUAUAAAAUAUUUAAAACAAAGAAAAAUACAACUGCUUGUGCAGUUUUCCAGCUUGUAGAUUCUUCCAUUAACAUCUUUUUCCUCUUCGUUGCUCUCUUCUCAAUGGAAGAAUUUUUUUUUCAAAGCCAAGUUUCACCAUUAGACAUAGAGCCGCAUUAGUCCCAUUUUAGCGAAAUGUUUAUUAUUAUAACAAGGGUGGAAAUAAAUUACCAAUCAGAUAGAUUUACUGAAAAUACCUUUGUGUUAUGUACAUUUAAAGGUUGCACUGUAAUCUUUUGAGCUUUACUGGGUAUUAAUGCAUUUGCUAUUUAAAGAAAAAAGUCCUAUAUAUCUAGGAUAUCGUUAAACAUAAUAAUAACUACGGGUAUUGACCUUAAGAAUUAUAAUUAAUAAUUAAAAGGAAUAUAAUAAAUAGAU